AUGAUCAAGACAAAUUUGAUUGAUUCAAAGAAAUAUCCUCCCCAAAAUAUUAUUGAAAAUAUUUUAAAUAUCAUUCCGAAUAAUAACCGCUAUGCAAAGUCAUAUUUAUCUCUUGCCAAACUCAUAGCUGAUAAUUAUCAUGUCAAAGAGGUCAAAAGUAUUCCAACUAUUUCAAACUUCUUAUUUUAUAAAGAAUAUGGAAUUAAAUUAGACAAAUCUGAUGACUUCGAAAAAGAUGAUCUUAAAAAUCUGGAUAUUCAUACAGAGAAUUCAAUAUACAAAACAAUUAUGAAUAAUGACAAAGAAAAUUUCAUCAUAUUCACCGAAAGAGAUGGAUUUGAUAAAGAUCAAAAACUUAAUAGCGAUUUAUACCCAUAUUCAUACGAAGGAUAUUCAUUACUUGAAUUAUGUUGUUAUCACGGAUCAGUUGAUUGUUUCAAGUUGUUAAGAUCGAAAUUUAAAUCCGAAAUAACUCCAGAAUGUCUGGAAUUUUCAUUUUUAGGAGGAAAUCAAGAGAUCAUGGGUGAAUGUUUGAAAUAUCAAACACCAACUGAAGAAUGUAUGGAAUAUGCAAUUAUUUCACACAACAUUGAUUUUGUUACAUUCUUGAUGAAUGAAUACAAUAUAGAGAUCGAUUUAGAAGAUUGCGGAAUUUUCAAUAAUCUUGAAUCCUUUUUAGUUUAUUUCGAUCAAACUAAUGAUAUAAACAAAUGCUUUGUUUAUACAUUACGGUUCAAUAUUCCAUCACUUUAUGAAUAUUUCCUUUCACUUGGUGCAAACAUCAAUGGAAAAAAUGAAUGCGGUCAAACCGCACUUCAUAUUGCAGCAAUGUAUAAUAGAAAAGAAGCAGCGGAAUUUCUUAUUUCGCAUGGUGCAAACAUCAAUGGAAAAAAUGAAUGCGGUCAAACCGCACUUCAUAUUGCAGCAAUGUAUAAUAGAAAAGAAGCAGCGGAAUUUCUUAUUUCGCAUGGUGCAAAUAUCAAUGAAAAAAAUGAAUAUGGAGAAACCGCACUUUAUACUGCAGCAUGGAACAAUAGUAAAGAAAUUGCUGAACUUCUUAUUUCACAUGGUGCUGAUAUCAAUGAAAAAAAUAUAUGCGGACUAACUACUCUUCAUAUUGCAGCAAAGAACAAUAGUAAAGAAACAGCUGAACUUCUUAUUUCAUAUGGUGCAAAUAUCAAUGAAAAAGAUAUAUGCGGACUAACUGCUCUUCAUAUUGCAGCAAAGAACAAUAGUAAAGAAACAGCCGAACUCCUUAUUUCAUAUGGUGCAAAUAUCAAUGAAAAAAAGAAGAAUAUUGGACCCAUGGUUCUUCAUUAUGCAUUUAAUUUGAUAAAAUGUUGCAUAUGA